GUCUGGACUCUGUGUUAUUCCUCAGCAGCAGAGAAAGAAAAGAAAGCCAGCACAACUCCAAAGUAAACUUUGAAGAGUUUGAAAAAGGAAUUGAAUCUUAAAACUGUUACUGUGCCCUGUAAGGCCCUUGCGUGGGGGACUUCAAAGGAGGAUGAUGGUCAAGGAAGCUUUGGCAAGAGUGCUUACAGCUGUGGGCUAUCUAGGAUCCGAGUAAAUAGCUCUACAGCUCUUCAGGAGAGAAGAGUUCCGAAUACUGUGCUGCUUUGAAGAGAUCACAGUUCUCAUCCAACAGGACACAUGGCUCUUUUAAAGAAAAUUAACCAGAUCUUACUGUUACUUCUUGUCUUAACUGUGUGCGCCAUUCUGUAUAACAAAGUUCACCAAGUGCCAUCUGCAUUAAAGAAUGAAACAGUUGAUUUGGAGAGUCCUGAGGAAAUGGAAGAAGAAAUCCCAGUCGUAAUCUGCGCUGCUGCGGGCAGAAUGGGUGCAGCUAUAGCAGCAAUCAGUAGCAUCUACAGCAACACAGAAGCUAAUGUUUUGUUCUACAUAGUUGGGUUGAAGACUACUAUCCCACAUAUUCGAAAAUGGAUUGAAAAUUCUAAACUGAAAGAAAUAAAAUUUAAGGUUGUGGAAUUCAACCCUAUGGUACUAAAAGGAAAAAUCAGACAAGAUGCAUCGCGUCCUGAGCUACUGCAGCCUCUGAACUUCGUUCGAUUUUAUCUUCCUUUGCUUAUCCAGAAACAUGAGAAAGUAAUAUAUUUGGAUGAUGAUAUCAUUGUUCAAGGUGACAUCCAGGAACUCUACGACACUAAGUUAACUCCUGGACAUGCCGCAGCUUUUUCAGAUGAUUGUGAUCUGCCUUCUACACAUGAAAUGGUUAGAAGUGUAGGGAUGCAGAACACGUACAUGGGAUUCCUGGACUACAGAAAGCAAGCGAUCAGAGAUCUUGGCAUCAGCCCCAGCACCUGCUCCUUUAAUCCUGGAGUAAUUGUUGCUAACAUGACUGAAUGGAAACAUCAACGGAUUACAAAGCAGUUGGAAAAGUGGAUGCAAAGAAAUGUAGAGGAAAACCUCUACAGCAGCACCCUUGGGGGAGGUGUGGCAACCUCUCCAAUGCUGAUUGUAUUUCACGGGAAGUACUCCACUAUUAAUCCUAUGUGGCACAUAAGGCAUCUUGGUUGGAGCCCUGAUACCCGUUAUUCAGAGCAUUUUCUUCAAGAAGCUAAAUUACUUCAUUGGAAUGGGAGAUACAAACCUUGGGACUAUCCCAGUGUUCACACUGAUCUCUGGGAAAACUGGUUUAUUCCUGACCCUUCAGGGAAGUUCAAAUUAACUCGUCCCGAUAGCUGAUACGGAAACCAGUAAUUAAAUGCAUUCGUACACUAUGUUUUGCAGUAUGUAAUAGUUUGAGAUGCAACAUGUUGUAUAAUUACCCGAUUUUAGAAAACUGAGUAUUUGUUAAAUAUAUGAAUAAAUGACCAUCAGUUUUGUGUGCUUAUGGCUGGAGCGACAGUUACUCAGCUCAGGUUAUCUUGACUUUCACAGGAGGUGAGGAAACAAGUUCCCUUGACAAUGAAGUAUUUUCAUUAAAUGUUUACAGAGGUGAAAUUCAGGGCCAGACAGCGUGUUUUAAUGUAAGGUC